UCAAGUGAAAUAUAUCAGAGACAGAAAUUUAUCCAGAACGAAUGAAUUAAAGGUUUAAGAUAAGACAAUAUUUUAGUCAAUGGAUCUAAAAUCAAAUGCGUCACUUUCAGUUUGCAAGUCUGUCUUUAGUGGUGGGCAUCAUCAGUAAUAAAUAAUAAUAGUAAUAAUAAUAAUUGUGUGGAAGAUAAAAGAGUUGUCCAAAUAAAGAAAUCAAGCAGGAAGGAGGACUAAAUAUAAACAUGAUAAAGUAAGAAGAAAGCUUAAAGUGGCCAAAGUAGAAUCAGAGUUGCAGACACCUGCUUCCAGUGAUUCAAAUGAAGGAGCAAAUUCCAGAUCUAAGAAAAAGAGAAGUUCGGGAUCAGCAGCUAUUCACCGCAAUUGAGAAAAUUCAAGAGGAACAGUCCCAGCAGGGGGAAAUGUUGCAAUCUAUACUGCAGCUAAUUCAAAAUAUCCCAUCUUCAUCCUCCAUUUCGGAGACAAGAAAUCUCCCCAACAUAAUUCAUAUCCCUUGUGAGAGCCAAGAUGUUGAGACUUUGGAAGCUGAGUUAAGUGAUGGUGUGGUUCAAAACAACAUGGUUAAUUACCUUGCUAUGCUUAGGGGUAAAAAUACUAGUGACACAGAGCAAGGACACUACACCACGUCCUGACCAGCAAAUUAGGUGAGCUAUAUAACUGGUAUGGCAAAAAAGGUAAACUUUCAUCAGUGAUUUACAUCAUUGGACUGAAAAUGGCCCUGCGCUGGGCAUAUGAUGAUAUUAAUAUCCACUUUGGGUACUCUUUUAUUCAGACUGUGGGUGGGUGGAGUGGUUGUACUAGCUUUGGUAGGUUCUGACAUAAAACAGUAGUGAACAUUUAUGAAUGUGAAGCUUUCAGUUUGUAUCUGUUUUCAACUGUAGAAUUAGUCAAAUCUAUGUAAUUUAUGCUAGUAGAUUUUUGCCUUUGUGAAUAAUACAUGAGUAAAUGGAUGUGAUUGCAUUUGUUAUUCUCACAUUAAGAACUACUUUUAAGUAACAUGAUUAAUUAAUUUCAGGAGCUGUUCGCAAGAUUAUG